AUGGGUUCAGCUGGAUUUCACUAUGUAGACGACAAAGAUACGGUGAGGUGUGAUGAGUGUGGACUAAAAGUAUCUGGAUGGACAUUGGAUAUGACCCCAUUUACUGUCCAUGCACAGCGCAGUCCUAAAUGUCCCUUUGUUCGUUCUACGCUUCCCGAUCAUGCAAAAUUUUUGUCAUCAGCAAUAACAAUUUCUUUGCCUAUUUCAGCGGCACCUGAUGUUGAAAAGUCAUUGAAACGUCAGAAAACAGAUGCAAAACAAGACGUUUUUCAACGGGCAGGACUUGCCGAAGUUAACCUAUUAAAGGAAAUACGAAAACAAUCGUUUUCUCAUUGGCCACAUCGAAUAUCACCGUCAAAGGCUCAAAUGAUCGAAGCUGGUUUCUUCAACUGUAAUGUUGGUGAUCGUACCAUUUGCUUAUAUUGUAACCUUAUAUGCCAACAAUGGACUCCACAUGCUGAUGAUCCGUGGGAAAUGCAUAAAAUACUAUCACCUCAUUGUCCGUAUGUUCUUACGAUGUUAAUGCGUCGACAAACAGCAUCCAUCCAAAUCAUCAAUGAACGCCCGAUCAAUGAUAACUCAUUGGCUUCAAAUACCACUGAUAUAUUCCGCUGUCAGGAGAUUGUGUAUACAGCCGCAUGUAAUCCGCAUUAUAUUGAAAUUCCUAAACGUCAUGCUUCUUUUUCUACAUGGCCAAAUGAAAAUUUACCAGCAGUUGAUGACCUCGUCAAAGCAGGAUUCUUUUUUACUGGCACAAAAAGUAUUGUAACAUGCUUUUAUUGCAAUGGAUCAUUACAAAAUUGGGGUUCAAACGAUAAUCCAAUAAUCGAACAUGCUCGUUGGUUUCCUCAGUGUGCAUAUGCUAAGCAGCUAUGUGGCGAAGAGAUGUAUCGAAAAAUACAAGAGUCAAAAAUAUUUCAACAAGAUCGAGCAAAUUUGCAGGAGCCAAACAAAGCAGCACAUGGAACAGCCACAAGUAACAUGGGUACAGGAAAACUCGAUAUACGCGAUGAAACUACGCUGUCGAGAUAUGUGGCUGCUCGGCUUGAUUGGCCUAUCUCACGAAUGUUGUUGGUUCGAAAUUUCAAAGUAUCAAUUAUCAAACGUUGCUACGAAGACCAAUUGCGAUUGAAGCACGAUGAUUUCAUUGACGACUGUUAUCUUUUCGUAGCUUGUAUAAUUCUUCAAAAACAAAUCGAUCACAUUGGAGGGAAAAAAGACAAUAUCAUUGUGCCAAGUGUUGCCAUGAAAAAGAUUCACGAUACAGAGCAAGCAGCAUUGUCAGCUCAUGAACAAGCCACUGCCGCAUCAGCACAGACGAAUUAUUCAAGUGACACGGAUGUUGAACUGACAACAUCCUCGGAGUCUCCCAAUAACGAAAAUAAUGCAGCAGCAUCAACAGCUGUUGAUGCGCAGGCGAAGCAAAUUGAAUCAUCUGCUACAAAUGCUGCGCCUACGUCAAGCAAAAAAACAGAUGAUUCAUUUGCAGAGAACCGUUGCGUUCUAUGUUUAACGGAAGAAAGACGUAUUGCAUGCAUACCAUGUGGCCAUCUAUGUGCUUGCGUUCCGUGUGGCCACUCUCUUCGAUUGUGCCCUAUAUGCCGUCGAGGGAUUGAAGCUUUCGUUCGCGUAUACAUUUAG